UGCAGUCCACCAUGUUUGGACUGAGGACAAAAAAGCAGCUGACGACAAAAUACAGCCCAUAUUUCCUCAUGUUCGGCAGAGAGGCAAGGUAUCCAUCAGAGAUCCCAAAGGAAUACAAGAUUACAGAAGACAUGGUCACAAAAAUCAUUUCAAAUGAAGACGUGUGUGAGGGCCUACAAUCCCAGGAGGUGGUAUACGCUGAAGUGACCAAAAAUGUUAGAACCACCCAAGACAAAAUCCGCAGGGGGAAGGCAAAAAGGGGAGAGGAGGAUAGCUUUCAGGUGGGAGACCUGGUUUUGCGCAAAAAUGUGAGGCAAGAACAGAGAAAAGGUGGCAAACUGGAUGCUGAUAUGCUGGGACCCUUGAAGAUUGUGGAGCUGGAAGGCAAAAGUGCUGACUUGGUUUCAGAGAAGGGCAAGAGGACUCUGAAGGUCAACAUCGACCAACUGACGCACUACUUCCAGCCUGAGGAGAGGGUCCCAGCAAAACUGAAGAACUUGUCUGCUUCCUGCAAAGGUCCAUCAGCCCCACCAGUGUCACCGCCUCCCUGUGAGGGUCCAUCAGCCCCACCAGUGUCACCGCCUCCCUGUGAGGGUCCAUCAGCCCCACCAGUGUCACCGCCUCCCUGUGAGGGGCCAUCAGCCCCACCAGUGUCACCGCCUCCCUGCGAGGGGCCAUCACUGGUACAGUCUUGCUGUGACCCCGAAAAUGGUGAGUAAGCAGACAAUGAACAAAUGAGAUGUCUGACAAGUGCCUGACAAUAUUGUCUUCACAGUAAUAACCAAACUCUGGGCUGGAGAAAGGGGAAAGGUGCUGUGGUCCAAAAUUGGGCCUUACAAGCUAUUUUCAGAAAACAUUGCUGAUUUGGCCCCUGGGAAAGAGUUGGAAAGUGAGGUAUGUAGAUAUUGUCCAAAUGAGUGGUCACCUUAUUGGAAGGAAAUGACAAUGUACCGUUUGUGCUCCUAGAUCAUAAAUGCCUAUUUGACACUGGUGGGGCGACAACACGCUGCGUUGAUUAUGGACUCCUAUUUCAUGACCUCAGUUUGGCAGGGGUCCACAAAGGGUUUCAGAAAGGUGAGUUGGGUUUGACAUUUAAACAUUCUCAUAUAAGACUAUCCAUGAUUUAAUUCCAAGAUCUUCACUUUGUAGCUUGAUCUGCUGAAUUAUGACGUGGCAGCUGGGGCAGUCUGUGACAACAGACACUGGACACUCAUUGUAAGAAUCACACAACCAUGAGAAUUUGAAGUGGAAUUACUAGAUUUAACAUGAUCCCCAUUUGUUUUUCAAGAUAAUGUAUCUAAAAGAGAUGCGGGUUGUCUUUGUUGAUCCAUUUGGGGCAACACAAGCACAAAUGAAUAAGUGCAGGGAUGUCACAAGGUAAGCAAAAAAGGCUAAUGUUAACCACAGCAGUCAUUUUUCUGACUUGUACAUGUGAAUUACAUAAGGCUGCUGCACUGAAUAACAUUCAGUACCUGUUGGGUUAUUUUCUUUUUUUUUUUUCCACAGAGCUCUGGUUAGGAGACGAUGUCCAGCCAUCGGCAAAUGGACGUGCUCAACUGUUGCCCAUCCAAAACAGCAGGACCUAACAUCCUGUGGCGUGUUUGUAUGCAAGGUAGGUAAAAUGCUCAUGGCGUAUUGUACCUGAAUGGACAGAUUCUAAUGAGUAGACAAUGUUCAGCUUGCAGAACAAAUACUUUCGGGGACCAAAAUACUGUACCCUGUUGACAAGGAGGGGGUUGCCAGGCUCAGACUGGACAUAGCGCUCUCUCUGAUCCAAAACUCAGGUAUACCCGAGAAACGGCAUUUGGACCUCCAUUUAAACAUAUUUCUGUGUAUAUCCUCAUUGUGACAUGUAUUUUUAGAUGACAUUUCCCAGCUAUGUCGUGCCUGUGGUGAGGGAAGCUCAGGUGCAGAAACCGAUGACUGGGUAAGAUGUUGAAAUCAAUACCUCAGAUGGUAGCACCUUGACUGGGUUGCUUCAUAUCACUGGGUGACAUGUCUCUUUGAUGCACCAACAGAGGAAUUAUACUUGAGGUGACCUGCAUGCCUUUGCACUUUAAAGACACUAGAGCACCUAAAGGAUGCAUGAAAACGUCAAGUGAUUCACAGAUAAGACUGUUGCACAGAAAUAUGCAGUAUCUGCACACUGUAACAUGUUUGGUUGCUUUACUCAAGAGCCUGACUUCAGAUGAAUGACUCUGACAAUCUAAUUUUUCUUGCGGAUUGAAUGCACCUUCUGUGGGAAGUGGUACCACACAGUGUGUGUGGACUUCCCCUCUGCAGAAGGCGACUACAGAUGUAGCGGGUGCUAAAUAAACAGAAAAAAUUGAAUUGUCUUUGCCUACUGGUUGUUUUUAGUGUUGACAAUCCACAUUGCUGGCAUUGCAUCUUUCAACAUGUUUGUGGGUGGAUUUGGGUGUACCAGGUGUAAGUGCAGCCACUCAGCCUUUACUCAAUGUGAUCAUAGCAGCAGGUGCAGAUGUGUGUCACAAGUUAAUCUAGUAGUGGGCUAUGGUACUUGGCCACAGGUGGCAGCAGUGGACUGACCUGCCUUGGAGACUGCUCCAGCUGCUAUGUGGUAGUCAGUAGAUGGGUUCCAAAUUGAGGAUUAUAUGCAAGUUUUGGAGACUGUUUAUUACUGAUCACUGUGUAACUGCUGCACAUUCAGCGUAACUGCCAUCUCCUUACGGAUCUUUAUUAGAUUGACCACACUUAUACAGACUGUAUAUAACAACCAACUCUGAAAUGUUCGUUUGCAGAGAAAAGACACAGGCACACUAUGCUAACAACAUGCGAUGUUACAACACUGGUGAGAUAUUAGUGUGUCAUAUAUAUUUGUUCACGACAUUUUCCUAAUGGGCAAAGGUAUUGAUAUCAUGAUGUACGAGGGUGGUGAUUCUUAUGACUUUGUUUACAUAAUUUGGCAUUUUGUACAAAUGUAGGUCAAUAAUAAAUACAUGAUAUCAUUUCAUUCAUUUCGAAGGUUUAUUUGCAUGACGCACAAACAGACAGACUUGAAAGGUACAAAUGUAUAUUGUGCAUGAAACAAAUUCAAACGUGCUGCAGAUGUGUGUCACAAGUUGAUCUGGCUGUGGGCUGUGGCACUUGGCCAGAGGUGGCGCUGGCUGAUUCGAGUCCAUGUUAGUGCACACAAAGUAAACUGCACGCUGUAGUUUUGAGCAUAAAACGCUGAAACCGGAGAAAUAAGACGUGCGAGGGGAACGAUAACGACGACAAGAGUCUCCCGAUCGUUUAUUCUCGCUGUCCUGUGAACAA